CUUUUCUGGUUCCUGGUAUACGUCGGAGUUCAAGAAAGUAACUUUGCUAGACAGUCCUUCAACACGUUUGACGGCUUUCUCCUUCACUUGUCGCUUUGGUCUUGCAAACGGAUGCAAUGUGGCUCACGGAGUUGUUGUGGGUUCACCCAGGAGCCUGAGCCACGGCGUCAUAUUUUGACCAGAUGUCCAUGUCAACUGUGAUCCCUGUCCUAUCCAAGCUGUUCGACACAUAUGGCCAACUCUCCAACGGAACAUCGAGACCAAAUCGAGACAGAGGAAUCCAAUACGAUGAGAACAUCAUUUGUUCUCCCGUGAGGUGGCAACCGCCUUGCCCUACGCUUUUGGCUUUCAUCUAUUUUGAAGUAACACCCUUCCCAGGCUCAAGCGCCUUCAACGCUAAUUUUGAGAAGAAAGAACGCCAAAUCGUAUACGAAUCUGAUUACGAAACGACCUAACUGAUGGGUAACGGCGAGUGAAGAAGUAGAGGACCAAGUGGUCGUUUACACCAACAAUGCCAUCAGACCCUGCUACCCUGUAAUGCUGCGAUUGUGUGCUCCCAUCGGCAAGACCGGCCAACACUCGUGAAGGAAUGGCAUCCGAGGUCUAAUAUUAGGAACGCGUGAAGGAAUGGCAUCCGAGGGGAUACAUAAACUGUGCUGACUACCUAAGUUUCAUAUAAACUCGCCACGAGUAGUUUUGGCUGGAAGAUAUCGCACCAAGACCACCACGAUGAGUUUCUGCAAGCACUGUA